CCAUCAUGUCAAGAUUAUCCAAUGAAUACCGACUAAAAAAGCUUGAUGAAACCGAACUGAUUAAGUUUGUUGUCAGUCGUAGUAAUAGGUGUAUUGUUUCGCUAGUGCUUUCUAACAAUUGUUCAGAAGAAGCAAUAACUUAUGUAGCUCAAGGGUGUCCUGCCUUGAAAUAUUUGGAGCUGCGCAACGACUCGCGCGCUAAUUACUUAAAAUCUUGGUCAUACUCCCGUACUUGCUCGUCUGCUCUGAUGUCCCUCGUAUGCAAGUGGCAUGAUUUGGAAGUGAUCAAAUUUGGGGGCAUAGGUUUUAUUGAAAAAACACUCACCCAAAUCAGUCUUCACUGCAAGAACUUUGUUGGGUUGACCAUUUUUUUAGCAUGCAUUACGAAAGAGGAAGCAUUGGCUAUUGUGACCUUGCUGCCAGGCAUUAAGCAUCUGGAAUUAAGAAAUGCAAUCAUCGCACCGGAGAACUUAGUGAUGAUUUUACGGGGUUGUAAAAAGCUUGUGCAUUUCGAUGUUAGGGACGGCGUUCGUUUUAGAGUUGACAACGAGAUAUUGAAGCUUGCUGCUCAUAUUCCUACUUUCAAGUAUGAAGGUUCAAGACUUGGAUCAAUUUGAUGCCGACAGCGUUUGUUUUAAAGUUGAUUAUGAGAUAUUGAAGCUUGCUUCUCGUAUUCCUACUUUCGAGUAUGGACAUUCAGAUGUCCGAGGAGCUUGAAUUUGCUGACGAACUCUUGAAUUUCUUUUAUGUAAUGCAUUCGGUAGGUUAGUCCUAAGACUGUUCCUUUUUUUUAUUCCUAUUUGAUUCUUUGGUCACCAAUUUGGUCUGAGGAUAAUAAUCAUUCAAGAAAUUCUUAUCCAACUCGUCCUUCACUGUGAAAGAUAAAGCAUCGACUACUGUGAUCUUGAUGCCAAAGAUAUAUGCAAGACUCCAAAAGUAUUUCUAUGACAUUGAUGAAAGAUUGUAGAUUGUGCUUUUUUCAUAAAGGAUAUGUUCCUUCUCUUUACGGAAAUUAAAAAUAUAAAUUUUUAAAACAAAAUUGUUCUUUAACCUCUUCUUAUUUCUCUCCUACUAUUUCCCUGU